CAAAAUUACUGGAGAAAACAAAAGAGGGCGGGUGGGCUUUGAACAGAGGAGGGCUGUGGAGCAGGGAGACCUGGGAAAAAAGAGGGAUGUCAGAAAGAGGGCGAGCGAGAGAGGUUCUGUUAGCGCAGUCUGUUGCGUGCUAGUACAAUGUAGAGGGAUUGAAGGAGGAAGAAGAGCUCCUAUCAGGUUGCAAUCACUUGUCUUUAUAAACAGCGCUGAUUUCCAAGACUGCUACUGAGGCUCAACCCGUAGUAUUAAUAUCAAUGGGACCGUGAGGGAAACAGCUGGGGGUACAUGGGACACUGCCGGACCGGGUGUGGAUCUUUUGCACUAGAAACGGAACCAUGGACGAUGAAGAAGCGUGAGAGUCGAAAGUCCAGCCCCCAGCCGCCCCUGGAUGCUGAGGAGGAUGGGCAGGAGCCUGGGAACGUCGCUGUCAAUCACUCCCACACGAAGAAAGCCUUCCGGGUGAUGAACGAUCUGAGGAGUAAGAAGAUGCUGUGUGACGUGACGCUGGUGGCGGAGGAUGUUGAGAUCUGGGCUCAUCGCAUCGUGCUGGCUGCCUGCAGCCCCUACUUCUGUGCCAUGUUCACAGGGGACAUGAGCGAGAGCAAAGCGAAGAGGGUGGAGAUUAAGGACGUGGACGGGCAGACCCUGACCAAGCUGGUGGACUACGUCUACACUGCCGAGAUCGAGGUCACGGAGGAGAACGUCCAGGUGCUGCUCCCCGCUGCCAGUCUGCUGCAGCUGAUGGAUGUGAGGCAGGUGUGCUGUGAGUUCCUGCAGUCCCAGCUGCACCCCACAAACUGCCUGGGGAUCCGCGCCUUCGCAGACCUGCACACCUGCAUGGAGCUGCAGAGCCAGGCCAACGCCUACGCAGAACAGCACUUUCCGGAGGUGAUGCUGGGAGAGGAGUACCUGAGCCUGAGCCUGCAGCAGGUGUGCAGCCUGAUCUCCAGCGACAAGCUCACCGUCUCGUCCGAGGAGAAGGUGUUUGAAGCCGUGCUUGCGUGGAUAAAGAACGAUGAGGAGCCACGUCUGGAGCACAUGCCCCAGCUGAUGGAGCACGUCCGGCUGCCCCUGCUGCCCAGGGACUACCUGGUACAGACGGUGGAGGAGGAGGCCUUCAUCAAGAAAAACAACACCUGCAAGGACUUCCUGAUCGAGGCCAUGAAGUACCACCUGCUCCCACUCGACCAGCGGCACCUCAUGAAGAACCCCAGGACCCGGCCGCGCACCCCUGUCAGCCUGCCCAAGGUGAUGAUGGUGGUGGGGGGUCAGGCCCCGAAAGCGAUCCGCAGUGUGGAGUGUUACGACUUCCAGGAGGACCGGUGGUACCAGGUGGCUGAGCUCCCCUCCAGGAGGUGCAGAUCAGGUGUGGUGUUCAUGGCGGGGUGUGUGUACGCGGUGGGAGGCUUCAACGGCUCUCUGCGGGUGCGGACGGUGGACGUGUACGACGGAGUGAAGGACCAGUGGACCUCCAUCGCCAGCAUGCAGGAGAGACGCAGCACUCUGGGGGCCGCUGUGCUGGGGGACCUGCUGUACGCGGUGGGAGGCUUCGACGGCAGCACGGGGCUGUCGUCGGUGGAAGCCUACAGCUCCAAGUCGAAUGAAUGGUUCUUUGUCUCUCCCAUGAACACGAGGAGGAGCAGCGUGGGGGUCGGAGUGGUGGAAGGGAAGCUGUACGCGGUGGGAGGAUACGAUGGCGCCUCGCGACAGUGCCUGAGCACUGUGGAGGAGUACAACCCCGUCUCAAACCGCUGGAGCUUCGUGGCAGACAUGGGCACGCGGCGCAGCGGAGCAGGAGUGGGGGUCCUGAGUGGACACCUGUACGCAGCGGGGGGGCACGACGGUCCGCUGGUCCGCAAGAGCGUGGAGGUGUACGACGCCCACAGCAACACCUGGAGACAGGUCUGUGACAUGAACAUGUGCCGAAGGAACGCAGGUGUGUGCGCGGUGAACGGCAUGCUGUAUGUGAUCGGGGGCGACGAUGGCUCGUGUAACCUGUCCUCAGUAGAGUACUACAACCCUGCCAUUGACAAGUGGACCCUCAUCCCCACCAACAUGAGCAAUGGGAGGAGCUACGCAGGAGUGGCGGUCAUCGACAAGCCGUUAUGACCAGAGACCCCGGUCAGUAGGGCAGCUCGGCCGGGAAAGCAGCCAAGAUCGUUUCCUAGGUGACGGAGCCACACACAUCACCAACAGUGCCAGGACUGAUCAGGCACUGCGGGUGCCACCCCAGAGCAGGACCCCUCCAACUCCUCUGUGUUUGUGUGGGAGAGGAGAGGAAGGGAGAGGGGGUACAGGGGGUAGUAGCUGCCUCUUUCUCCAGCUCGUGUUGCCUCCAGUCUGGGGCAUUUCAAACAAGAAAAAUCCGGAUGGUCUGACAGCAGAUCUCUGGAGCCCGUCUGCAAUCUGUUUCUUUGUAAAUGGUUCUUGCAGUGACUGAUAAACCAGAGCGGAACAUUGAGACAGGGACUUUGAACAAUGUACAUUCUGAUUCAGUACUGCCUAAACUCUUAAAAAAAACCCCAAAAAAACAACCCCAAAAAACUGAAAGAUGGAAUUCCUCUGCCUUUUUAUUAUUCUUAUUAUAAUUUGUAUAACCCUAGUACCCCAGUGUGAUUUUAUUAUAAUUUGUAUAACCCUA